AUGGACAAAGUACCUCCAUUCACAUGGACACCAUCCGGAGAUCCGCGUACAGAUCCCAUUGGAUAUCUGGAUUCCAUGUUGGACGUUUCACGAGUUCGUGAACGUGUUUCCGCGCUGAUUCCUUACCAGCUUCAGCUAGCAGAUUGGCUCGCCAAAGGUGGCAAUUGGCCAUGGAGGAUAUUUGCAAAGUCGGUGGAAAAACAUCCGAACAAGGAAGCGUUUGUAUACGCUGAGGAUGGGAGAUCUUGGACUUAUGGAGAACUGCAUCGAGACUCAAACGCAUUCAGCAACAUCCUGCUACAGCUAGGAGUAAAGCCCAAGGAUAUCGUCCCCCUCGUGAUGGAAAACAGUCCCGAAUUUGUCAUCGCAUGGCUAGGAAUCCUGAAAAUCGGCGCCUGUUGUGCAAUGAUCAACCACAAUCUGCGUGGAAACGCCCUAUCUCAUUGCCUAACAGUGUCGAAUGGCAAAGCUAUCGUGUUUGGCCCUGCUUUUGAAUCUGCAAUUAAAGAAUUGGGAAUUCAUAAUGAUGGGAAACGACUGUUUAUUGCCUUUGGUGAGCAGCCUGUGUCGUGGGCUACCAAGAGUUUAGGUAUUAAGGAUUUGAACGCCAUUUCUGGUGCUGACGUGCCUGAUGCCAUCAAGAAGGCAUUUACGGUUACGGAUCUGGCAGAGUUCAUCUAUACGAGUGGAACCACUGGUCUUCCCAAAGCAGUCAAUGUCACGCAAGGCCGCAUGUAUACCGCCGGAGUCGGCUCUAUGAUUGGAACCAAGUUUGUGGAAGAUGAUCGUUUCUACACUGGUCUUCCACUCUAUCACUCGGCUGGCAACUGGCUGGGAAUGGUAGCGUCAUUUAAUAUGGGAAUGACUUUUAUAGUUGCUAGGAAGUUUUCAGCCAGUAGAUUCUUUGCUGAUGCCAAAAAGUACAACGCAACCACAUCCCAAUAUAUUGGCGAACUCGCACGCUAUUUACUGGCGUCUCCUCCCUCGCCAACUUUUGGCCGUGGCCACAAGAUACGUGCCAUGAUCGGGAAUGGUCUACGGCCUGAAAUCUGGCAUCAAUUCAAGACACGUUUUGGGAUACCCAUCAUCAAUGAAAUAAGUGAAACAACGCGCAGUGAUUUUGAUAGUUGUGACAACUAA